GGGUGUCGUGGUUUCCGUUGUGGUGAGGGCUGCGUCGCCACGCUCCCACGAUUCUGAAACCUCUCUCUCCCCACAUCACCGGUCAGUUGUUGCGGGGCUCGUCCUCGUCGUCACCUUCCUUUCGGGUUUCAGCAUCCAGAUCCAGGUCGACCUGGUUUUCUUCAGAGAGGGAAGGUGAUUGAUUUUCUCCCUCUCUAUCUGCAUCGCACAAAUGCCUCGAUCCAGUAUGCAUUGAUUGGUCCAGAGAUGGAAGGCAUUUGAUUUUCUUCAGGGAGGGAAGGUGAUUGAUCCAGUAUAUAUGGACUGAUUGAUGAUGAAAUAGAUUCUUUCCUUCUUGGUGGGUCUUAAUCUAGAUCGGCAUGGGCAAUACGAGCCCGAACUAGAUUUUCAGAUUAGUCGGUUCUCGCUGCCAUUGCCAUCGGAGAUUCGGAGUCAUCGUGAAUGGGCAGGUCGGGCUUCAGUAGGAAGCGCAAGGAGAGGAAAGCGGGGAGCAGCCGCGGCCAUGAACCAGACGACAAGGGUCUCAGGCACCGCGCGUCGCCGGCGAGGAUCAUGAAGCUGUACCCGCACCUCACCGCCGGGCAGCGGGAGAUGAUAGAGGGCGCCGGCUUCGGGGGUCUGCUGAGGCUCCAAUGCCCCACCGUCCCCGCCAGGCUCUCCACCUGGCUCCUUCGGCGGUUCGACACCGAGACCUCCGAGCUGGUCAUUCCCGGCCGGGGCAGGAUCCCCGUCACCGUCGACAGCGUGCACCGGGUGCUCGGCAUCCCGAACCGCGGCCGCGACGUCGUGUACGGGCUGGACGACGAGAGCAUCGCCUCCGUGCUGGACAAGCACGGCGUCGACAGUCCACCCUCCAUGGCGAGCUUGGAGAAGUCCAUCCAGCUGAUGAAGUCGGCGGACGAGCACUUCCUCCGGACUUUCAUAAUGCUCGUGCUCUCAUCCUUCCUCUGCCCGACCAGCAGCCUGAAGGUCAGCCCCCGGUGCUUCCCUGCGCUGGUGAACAUUGGGUCCAUCAAGGAGCUCAACUGGUGCAAAUUCGUUGUGGAGCAGCUGGAGAAGGGCGUUUCUUCCCUUGGCAAGAAGAACAGCGCAGGGGGCUGCCUUUUCUAUCUUGUGAUUCUGUACCUAGACUCGCUCGAUGUCCGUGGCAUGGAAAUACCUGACGGCACGCCGAGAGUAUCUGCGUGGGACAGGAAGCUGAUGGAUAAAGUCAUCGAGAUGGACAUGAAGAACAAUGGUUCUUUUGGAAAAUGCUUUUUGAAAAAGGAAGCACCUCGUCAGAUCAAUUCCAGGGGCGCGUCAAGUUCAAGUGCGUCUGUCUCUGUCCUGCUUGGAGACGUCUCGGCAAUAGCAAAUUUUGUGUCAUCAAAUGUCCUACCGGAGUACUGUCCACAGAAGAAGGAAGUCUUAUGCAAGGCUGCUGGUACUCUUUGUGCAAGUAUCACAGAUGCGCUCGCCAAGUUCAUGCGUGAAGUAUCUGGACUUGAAGGCUGUAGCAGAGAAGCCAGCAAAAACAGCACUGAACUUGCAGUGAGAGAAGAUAACAAUGUGGACAAUGAUUGUGACAAUAUGGAUGUCGACUUGCUCCCAGAUGAUACUUCAGAGCUGGCAACUAAGGACAUGGAAGACACGUCAGUCGACGAGCAUGAAGAUGAAAGUUCCGGGGAUGGUGAGGAAGAUGUUUCAAUCAGUAGAGACUCUGAAGAUGAUCCUGACUGGGGAGGCAACAGAGUCAUGCAGAUUUAUUCUCAACGGAAAAGAGUGACACGGAAUAGCAGCAAUAGCAAAGAGCCUGGAGAUGGAAAAGAUAAACCUCGAGAUGUAACGACCAAUUGUUCAGGAAAUGAUGAUUCCAAUAUUCCAGACGGAAACAAGGAUAGAGUAAACCAAUGCAGCGAAGAACAUGAAAAUGUCGCAAAACCAAGAUCGCCUAAUGUUCAUGAGGAUGUGAUGCUACCAACUUUAGCUGUGUCACAGACAACGGGAGAACCUGGAGAUGUAACAACCAACGUUCCAGGAAAAAAUGCUUCGGAUAUUCUAGAGGGAGAUCAAGGCAGAGUGAAUCGGUGCAGUGAAGAAGAACAUGUAAAUGUCGCAAAACUAACUCCGUCCAGCGGUGAUGUGGAUAUGGUGGUACCAAUUUCAGCUGUGUCACUGCCAAGUACUCCUAGCAUGCAACAGAAAAACACCAGAAAGGAGUGUUCCGAUGAGGAUAAGAUGACGAUCCAGCCUUCCAGCAUGCUGUUGGGCGCAUCAUCUACGAUGGCGUUGUAUGAUAAUGGGACCCCUUCAAAGGAAGACAAGAACAUGGACAUGACUCCUGCUAUCAACUUUGUUGAAGGAACUCCCCUUGUUGAUUUGAGUACUCCGGAAAAUUCAGACAGCGAGUGCACAGUUAUAAGGACCGUAAAAAAACGUUCUCCUGUCGAUGGCCCUCAAAGGCCCUCGUGAUUUACAGCUCAGUGGCUGAGAUGCUGAUGAAGAAAAAUGAAGCAUUUGCAUUGGCAACUUCGGUUCCAUGUGCAGUAGAGUGCAGCCUCUCUUCCUAAAUGCAAGACGUUUUCCCAGUUCAAUUUGAACUGCAAAAUGUUGGAAUAGAGAAAACUGCAACAAGGGGCACCCAAUCUACUGUCGGGAACGAUGAAAAGUGCCCGAGAAUCCAUCAUUUUUCAUUUCAGCACCGCGUAGAUGCCUAGCUGGGGCCGUAAACUAUUAAGCUAUUAAGCUAUGUAUCCCCUGUUUACCUGCUGGCUUCUACUCCCUCCGUUCUUAAAUAUAAGUCUUUUUAGAGAUUUUACUAGGAGACUACAUACGGAGCAAAAUGAGUGAAUCUACACUCUAAAAUAUGUCUAUAUACAUCCGUAUGUAGUCUUUUAAUGAAACAUCUAAAAAGAAUUAUGGAGUAUUUAGGAACGGAGCGAGUAGUUUGGUGGCAUGGAUGACCUGCAUGGUUUUUACUGUGGUGGCAUGUCAACAUUUUCACGUCUCCUGGCCGGAGGACCCCAACAGCGAGGAGGCAAAAUAGUCACGAUUUCUGACGAAUCAUCAAUCUACAAUGUCUCCUAAGUCUCAAACUGGAAUGUUUCUUCCAUGGGCAGCAGCAUGUUUGUGAGAGCAAGUUCAACUGAAAGACCCAAACGAA